AAGCAGAUUUUCAGACCCAAACAUUGGGUUAUGCUGAGCCGCUGGCCCAAUUAUGAAAUACGGUUAGGUUACCAGGCAAUACUUAAAUCUCCGGCGAGUCGCCGGCGCAUAUUCCCACCUGUACCUGGUUCCUUUCCUUAGUAUAUCUCUCUUGAAUGGGGUAAGAGUAUUCACAUCUUGAGCCCUAGACCCCAUCAGAGGUGGGGGGAUUAUACUGGGUCAUCGUUGUUCUGUUGGGUGGAGUUUUGCAUCUUGGUGAGAUAGGCAAAGGAGAACCACUAAGCGGCUCCACCACCCUUAAAUAGGUGCAUGUGGUAGUUCAUUUCCCAAGUCAUUUGACAGGUUGCUAUGUUUAGUUUUGUCACGUAACAGUUUCUGAAGUUAUAGCAUGGCCAUACCGUGCUCUUAAUUUGGGACGUGGCACCGGAAAUCAUAAAGACAAAUGACAGCGAUCACGAAGACAGACGAUAGCAAUGGUGCGGAAAGUUUUUUGCUUCUCUCCAAACUCCCCCUUUGGUAGCUCGGGGUUACACCGUCACAUCUAUGUGGAAAGAAGGGAAGGAGUAGCGUUUUGGCCCGGUUAUCCAAGAAUGGGGAAAAUUUAGACUUAUAGACCCUGAUUCAUUUUCAGACCAUUUUCUGUUGCCUCAAAAUGAAAGCUGUUAUGUGUAUUUCAACUAAAAUUAUGAAAACACGAUUCGAAUCCAUCAAAGCCCACCCUUGGAUCCUGCAAACUUGUGCAAGGUCCAUGUCCCAGUCCACUUCCAUUCCCAAAAAGCAGCAGCGAGUGCGAGACCAUGGCUUUGACAAGUACAUGGAGGUGGAGAAGAAAAUGCGCAAAGUCCUGAAAUUCCAAGACCUAAUCCUCACCCGCCCAAACUCAAUGAUUGCGGUCUCUCACUUGGACACCCUCGCGUGCCGGAUCGGGUUCAAGCAGUUCGAAGCUGGCAGAUUCAUCCUCAAGUUCCCACAUGUUUUUGAGGUAUUUGAACACCCGGUCCAGCGGAUUCUUUAUUGCAGGUUUGCUAGAAAAGCCCAUAUGCAGAUGGAUCAAGAAAACAAAGCCCUUCUGGCACAAAUUCCAGAAGCCAUCACCCGGCUGAGGAAGCUUCUCAUGCUCUCUAACACCGGUCGGCUCCGGCUUGAACAUGUUCGGAUCGCAAGGAAAGCAUUUGGGCUGCCCGAUGACUUCGAGUACUCGGUAGUUCUCAAGAACCCUCAGUAUUUCAGACUGUUUGAUGCCGAAGAGACCAGAAACAAGUACAUUGAGAUUGUAGAGAGGGACCCGAAGUUAUCUAUAUGCUCUAUCGAAAAAGCAAGAGAGAAAGAGUACAGAGAAAAGGGAGGGGACGCUGAGAAUAUACGGUUUUCGUUUAUCAUCAAUUUCCCUCCUGGUUUCAAGAUUGGCAAGUACUUCAGGAUUGCAGUUUGGAAAUGGCAGAGAUUGCCUUAUUGGUCUCCAUAUGAGGAUAUUUCAGGGUAUGAUUUAAGGUCACUCGAAGCACAGAAAAGGAUGGAGAAGCGAGCCGUUGCCACCAUUCAUGAGCUCUUGUCAUUGACUGUGGAAAAGAAGAUAACUCUAGAGAGGAUUGCCCAUUUUAGGCAGGCCAUGGAUUUGCCAAAGAAGCUCAAAGAGUUUCUCCUUCAGCACCAAGGGAUAUUUUACAUUUCAACCAGGGGAAACCAAGGGAAACUGCACACUGUCUUUCUCAGAGAGGCAUACAAGAGAGGAGAACUUAUUGAACCGAACGAUUUGUAUUUGGCUAGAAGGAAACUGGCUGAACUUGUAUUGUUGAGCCCAAGGAAAGCCAAGGUGGAUCAUGAAUUGGUUGCUUAUAAGAGAAGAGACAGUGGGGAUGAUGAUGAUGAUGAUGAUGAUGAAGCAGCUUAUUUUCCAAGAGAGAAUGGAAUUGGUUGGGGAAUGGGCCGGGGAAAUGGGGAUAACGAAGAGAGUUUGGGUUCGGAUUCAGAUUUGGAUUGCGGUCAUGGAUCGGAUUACAGCGAUGGCACUGACGAUGAGGAUUUGGGCACGGGCAAUUCGCGAGGAUCGUAGUGAGGUAUUAUCAUCAUCUCCAUCAUCAUAUUAAUAGGCUAUUUUUGUGACAGUAGACUGAGUUGGAGGAGUUCAAAAAUCAUCCCCAUUCUCAUUUGAUGUAUAAAAAACAUUUGUUUGUAGUAUCUUAUAAUGAUGAUCAAGUUUUUUAUUCUUUUUUGUGUGUGUGAAAAAGGAAGCAAAGGAUAGAUUGGGUUUCUAUUAACAAGUCAAAUGGCAUUUACUAAGAAAGGCAAAUUAUUACG